CUGCUGAUGUGUCGGGGAGGCGGGGAUUAGGGGAGGGGCUUCUCGCCACGCCCUCUGCUCGGAAGGGGCUGCUGCGGCCGACCUACCUAGGUAGAGCCAUGGCGGAGCCUUCCCUGUCCGCGCGGGCCUCGCCGGACUCAGAUAAAGCACAGAAAGACAAGGCUGGACAGACCUCAGGGCCCAGUCAGGGCAGCCGAAUGGGGAAACUCUUGGGUUUUGAGUGGACAGAUGUGUCCAGCUGGGGGAGGCUGGUGACCCUGCUGAAUCGACCAAUGGAUCCUGCAAGUCUGGCUGUCUUCCGUUUUCUCUUUGGGCUGUUGAUGGUGCUAGACAUUCCCCAGGAGCGGGGGCUCAGCUCCCUGGACCGAAAAUACCUGGAUGGGCUGGAGGUGUGCCGCUUCCCCUUGCUGGAUGUCCUGCAGCCACUGCCACUUGACUGGAUGUAUCUUGUCUAUACCGUCAUGUUUCUGGGGGCACUGGGCAUGAUGCUGGGGAUGUGCUACCGGAUAAGCUGUGUGUUAUUCCUGCUGCCAUAUUGGUAUGUGUUUCUCCUGGACAAGACAUCGUGGAACAACCACUCCUAUCUGUAUGGUUUGUUGGCCUUUCAGCUGACAUUCAUGGAUGCAAACCACUAUUGGUCUGUGGACGGCAUGCUGAAUGCCCGUAAGCGGAAUGCCCAUGUGCCCCUUUGGAACUACACUGUGCUACGUGGCCAGAUCUUCAUUGUUUACUUCAUUGCCGGGGUGAAAAAGCUGGAUGCAGACUGGGUUGAAGGCUAUUCCAUGGAAUACCUGUCCCGGCACUGGCUCUUCAGUCCCUUCAAACUAGUGUUGUCCGAAGAGAUGACUAGUCUAGUAGUGGUGCACUGGUGCGGCCUGCUACUGGACCUCUCAGCUGGUUUCCUGCUCUUCUUUGAUGCCUCAAGAUCCAUUGGCCUCCUCUUCGUGUCCUACUUCCACUGCAUGAAUUCCCAGCUUUUCAGCAUUGGUAUGUUCUCCUACGUCAUGCUGGCCAGCAGCCCUCUCUUCUGCCACCCUGAGUGGCCUCGGAAGCUAGUAUCCUACUGCCCUAGAAGGCUGCAAGAACUGCUGCCCCCCAAGGCCGCCCCUCAGCCCAGCACUUCCUGCAUGUAUAAGAGGAGCCGGGCCAAAGGUGGCCAGAAGCCAGGGCUGCGCCAUCAGCUUGGUACUGCCUUCACCCUGCUCUACCUCCUGGAGCAGCUCUUCCUGCCCUAUUCCCAUUUCCUCACCCAGGGCUAUAAUAACUGGACAAACGGGCUAUACGGCUAUUCCUGGGACAUGAUGGUACACUCCCGCUCCCACCAGCACGUGAAGAUCACCUACCGUGAUGGCCGCACCGGCGAGCUGGGCUACCUUAACCCUGGGGUAUUCACACAGAGCCGGCGAUGGAAGGAUCACGCAGACAUGCUGAAGCAAUAUGCCACUUGCCUGAGCCACCUGCUUCCCAAGUACAAUGUCACUGAGCCCCAGAUCUACUUUGAUAUUUGGGUCUCCAUCAAUGACCGCUUCCAGCAGAGGAUUUUUGACCCUCGUGUGGACAUUGUGCAGGCCACCUGGUCUCCCUUCCAGCGUACACCUUGGCUACAGCCACUGUUGAUGGACCUGUCUCCCUGGAGGGCCAAAUUACAGGAAAUCAAGAGCAGCCUGGACAACCACACGGAGGUGGUCUUCAUUGCGGAUUUCCCUGGGCUGCACCUGGAGAAUUUUGUGAGUGAAGACCUUGGCAACACUAGCAUCCAGCUGCUGCAGGGGGAGGUGACUGUGGAGCUGCUGGCAGAACAGAAGAACCAGACUCUUCAGGAGGGAGAAAAAAUGCAGUUGCCUGCUGGUGAGUACCAUAAGGUGUAUACGAUAUCACCCAGUCCCUCUUGCUACAUGUACGUCUAUGUCAAUACUACCGAGCUUGCACUGGAGAAAGACCUGGCAUAUCUGCAAGAAUUAAAGGAGAAGGUGGAGAAUGGAAGUGAAACAGGACCUCUACCUCCAGAGCUGCAACCUCUGCUGGAAGGGGAAGUAAAAGGGGGCCCUGAGCCAACCCCUCUGGUUCAGACCUUCCUUAGACGCCAGCAAAGGCUCCAGGAGAUUGAACGCCGGCGAAAUACCCCUUUUCAUGAGCGAUUCUUCCGCUUCUUGCUGCGAAAGCUCUAUAUCUUUCGCCGCAGCUUCCUGAUGACUUGUAUUUCACUUCGAAAUCUGGCAUUAGGCCGUCCUUCCCUGGAGCAGCUGGCCCAAGAGGUGACUUACGCAAACUUGCGACCCUUUGAGCCAGUUGGAGAGUCGAGUCCUCCAGACACAGAUUCUUCAAAUCCUCCUGAAACAAAUGCUGACCCUGUCCACUCAGAGCUCUGAGGGGGCCAGACGUUGGAUACAGAUAUGGGAGCAGCCAGUGACAAGACCAUUACCUACACAGCGGAAGUUUAUUUGAAAAUAUUUCAGAUAUUUUUUACAUUUUUCUUCCUUCUCCAUAGCUAUUUUAAAUUCAGAGAUGAUAGCUUAGAGGAGCCAAGUAAGUAAAGCAAGGAUAAUAAUUUAUCAAGCCAAGGUUGAGGGGCUAAGAAGGGGUUAAAAGCAAUGUGAAAAUGUCCUUCUAGGAUAAAGGGGUAAGAGUCAGGUUUAAAGUGACUGGCUCCUUGGGGAAAGAAAUUUAAUGUACCAUGAUGAAAAUACUAGCUGACUCUUCUCAAGUGCUUGCUGUGUGCCAGGCACUGUGAAGCACUGUGCCUACAUUAUUACAUUUAGUCCUUAAUAGCCAUUGUGGCCCCAUUUUACAGUUGGAGAAAGUGAGACUGAGAGGUAAUGUGACUUGCUCAAAGACAUACACCUAGUAAGGGACGGAUUGAUGGUUUGAACCACAAGUCCAUUUGAUUUAAGGUCCUAAAUACCCUGCCUCUUGUAAUUUUCAGUAUCACCAACAAUAAUUCUGAAAUAAUGUAGCUUAAAACUCGUCUUCGUAAUUAUGAUUAGGAUAGUGAUCAGGGUCUAAACGCAGAGUAAUUUUCUCACUACAGCUCUAGUUCCUUCUUUGUUCCUAAUAUCUAUACAACCAGUAAGUUUUUCACCAGCAGUUAUGCAAGUAGUUAGAAUAGCACAAAGUUAAACUAAUAAGGGAAUUUAGAUGAUUGGUAGUAGCAUUUCUCUAAAAAUAAGCUUAGUAUAUUUAGCAUUAUCAUAGCCUUCAGUAAGCAGAACGUGAAGUAAGAAUUAACCAAACUUGGUGAGGGUUUAGGGAAUGUUUAUAGUCACUUUGUACGUUUGGAUGAACAAGGGUGAUUCAGGAAGCUUCUCAAUUCCGUGAAAAUUCAAAGGCCUGGCACUGGGCUAGGAAGUGAGAAUGCAUAGAGUAAUAAAAAUAAAUAAAAGGC